AUGACUGAAGGCGGGGAAGGAGAGGAUGAGAUACAGUUCCUCAGGACCGAUGAUGAAGUGGUGCUCCAGUGUGUGGCCUGCAUCCAGAAGGAGAACCGCAAGUUCUGCCUGACCGCGGAGGGCCUGGGCAACCGGCUGUGCUACCUGGAGCCUACGUCAGAGGCUAAGUAUGUUCCUCCAGACCUGUGCAUCGCCAGCUUCGUGCUGGAGCAGUCCCUGUCGGUGCGAGCCCUGCAGGAGAUGCUGGCCAAGAGCGGACAGAACAGUGAAGCGUACCUGACCUGUCUGAAGACUUCAAGGUCACAGACUGAUAAGCUGUCCUUUGAUGUGGGGCUGCAGGAGGAUUCAACAGCGGCGUUGAUCAGGGGCAACAGGAACAACUGUACCCAGUUCUCCAACAACCUGGACUGGCUGGUCAGCAAGCUGGAGCGACUGGAGUCUUCCUCAGGCAUCCUUGAGGUCCUGCACUGCAUCUUGAUCGAGAGCCCCGAAGCACUGAACAUCAUCCAGAGAACACACAUCAAGUCCAUCAUCUCCCUGCUCUACAAGCAUGGCCGCAACCACAAGAUCCUGGACGUGCUGUGCUCCCUGUGCGUGUGCAACGGGGUGGCGGUCCGCACCAACCAGAACCUCAUCUGUGAUCACCUGCUGCCCAAGAGAGACCUGCUCCUCCAGACCAGACUGGUGAACGAUGUCCAGAGCAUGCGACCGAACGUCUUCCUGGGGGUGAGCGAGGGAUCAGCGCAGUACAAGAAGUGGUACUACGAGCUGAUGAUCGACCAGGUGGACCACUUCGUAACCAGCGAGCCUUCCCACCUCAGGGUGGGCUGGGCCAACACCAAGGGCUACGCCCCCUACCCUGGAGGAGGGGAGGGCUGGGGGGGCAACGGGGUGGGGGACGACCUCUACUCCUACGGCUUCGAUGGCCUCCACCUCUGGUCAGGUCAGUGUACGCCCGCACACGCGUGUGCUUGUGUCCCUGCAUGUGUUUGAGUGUGUGUGUGUGUG